AUGAACAGGAGCGAAGUUUCCCACAAACUCCCAUUAAGAAGUUCAGGGCAGCAGGGACACGGCAUGGGCGAGAUGCAGCGCAGGCAGGGGCCAGGACCCCUGCUCUUCUCCCUCCUGCUCCUCUCCAGCACCCUGCUCAGCGCCCAGGCCAAGGAAGUUGUCCUCCUGGAUUUUGCCAAAGCCCAAGGGGAGCUGGGCUGGCUGACCCAUCCCUACGGGAGAGGGUGGGACCUGCUGCAGCACGUCAUGAACGACUCGCCCAUCUACAUCUACUCGGUCUGCAACGUGAUGGAGGGCGACCAGGACAACUGGCUGCGCACCAACUGGAUCUACCGCAGCGAGGCGCAGCGCAUCUUCAUCGAGCUCAACUUCACGGUGCGUGACUGCAACAGCUUCCCCGGCGGCGCCAGCUCCUGCAAGGAGACCUUCAACCUCUACUACGCCGAGUCGGACGUGGACUACGGCACCAACUUCCAGAAGCGCCAGUUCAAGAAGAUCGACACCAUCGCGCCGGACGAGAUCACCAUGCGCGACGACUUCACCACCCGCAACGUCAAGCUGAACGUCGAGGUGCGCUCCGUGGGGCCCCUGACCCGCAAGGGCUUCUACCUGGCCUUCCAGGACAUCGGGGCCUGCGUGGCUCUGGUCUCCGUCCGCAUCUACUACAAGAAGUGCCCCGACGUGCACCAGAACAUGGCCUUCUUCCCCGAGACCAUGGCCGGCGCCGACUCGCAGACGCUGGCCAAGGUGCAGGGCACCUGCGUGGAGGACGCGGUGGCCAGCGAGGAGCCCCUCAUGCAUUGCAACUCGGACGGGGAGUGGCUGGUGCCCAUCGGGCAGUGCCAGUGCCGGGCCGGCUACGAGAAGGUGGAGAACAGCUGCAAAGCCUGCUCUCCCGGGUUCUUCAAACCGGACAUCUCCGAUGGCACCUGUGCCAAGUGCCCCCCGCACACACUGCCCUCCCCCAAAGGCUCCACUUUGUGCCCGUGUGAGGAAGGCUAUUUCCGGUCCACCGAGGAUCCCCCUUCUUUUCCCUGCUCACGUCCCCCGUCUGCCCCGCACGGCGUCACCGCCAUCGGCCUGGGCGCCAAGGUGCAGCUGCGCUGGUCCCCACCCCGCGACACGGGGGGCCGCAAAGAUGUCACCUACACCAUCACGUGUGAGCAGUGCCGGCCCGAGACUGGGGAGUGCCGGCCCUGCGACUCCAGCAUCCGCUACUCAGACCCGCCCCACGGCCUGACCGGGACGUCCGUGACCGUCAGCGACCUGGAGCCCUACAUGAACUACACCUUCACCGUGGAGGCCAGGAAUGGGGUCUCGUCCUUCAGCAACAGCCGCAACUACGGCACUGCGAGCAUCAGCGUCAACCAGACGGAACCUCCCAAGGUGAUGUCGGUGAACCUGGACGGCCACACGGCCACCAGCCUGACGCUGUCCUGGAUGGUCCCAGCCCGGCAGGCGAGCCGGGUCUCGAGAUACGAGGUCACCUACAGAAAAAAGAUGGAUAGCAGAGGCUACUCUGUCGUACGCUGCGAAGGAAACAGCGUGACCCUAUCCAACCUCGCGCCAGGCACCAUGUACAGGGUGCACAUCCUGACCCAUACGCAGGAGGGCCAGAGCACCGAGAGCGACACCUUCGAGUUCGAGACGCUGCCAGGGGGUACUGAGGGCAUGAACACGGCGGCCGUGGUCGGCGGUGCUGUCUCCGGGGUCUUCCUGCUGGCCCUCGUGGUGGCUGCCGUGCUGUACUUUCACCGAAGGAAAAGGAACCUGCGCGCCCGCCAGUCGGAAAACGACGUCUACUACUCCAAGUCUGACCAGCUGAAGCCCCUGAAGACGUACGUGGACCCCCACACCUACGAGGACCCCAACCAGGCCGUGCUGAAAUUCACCACCGAGAUUCACCCCUCGUGCGUCACGCGCCAGAAGGUGAUCGGGGCAGGUGAGUUCGGGGAAGUCUACAAGGGGACCCUGAAGAACGGGAAGAAGGACGUGCCGGUGGCCAUCAAGACACUAAAGGUGGGCUACACGGAGAAGCAGCGCAUCGACUUCCUGAGCGAAGCCAGCAUCAUGGGCCAGUUCUGCCACCACAACAUCAUCCGCCUGGAAGGCGUCGUCUCCAAAUAUAAACCCUUCAUGAUCGUCACCGAGUACAUGGAGAACGGAGCCCUGGACAGGUUCCUGCGGGAGAAGGACGGCGAGUUCUGCAUGAUCCAGCUGGUGGGCAUGCUGCGAGGCAUCGCCGCGGGCAUGAAGUACCUGGCCAGCAUGAACUACGUGCACCGGGACCUGGCCGCGCGCAACAUCCUCGUCAACAGCCAGCUGGUCUGCAAGGUGUCUGACUUUGGCCUGUCCCGCGUCCUGGAGGACGACCCCGAUGCCACCUACACCACCAGCGGCGGCAAGAUCCCCAUCCGCUGGACAGCCCCCGAGGCCAUCUCCUUCCGCAAGUUCACCUCGGCCAGCGACGUCUGGAGCUACGGCAUCGUCAUGUGGGAGGUGAUGUCCUACGGCGAGCGCCCGUACUGGGAGCUCUCGAACCACGAGGUCAUGAAGGCCAUCAGCGAUGGCUUCCGGCUGCCUGCGCCUGUGGACUGCCCCUCCGCCAUCUACCAGCUGAUGAUGCAGUGCUGGCAGCAGGAGAGGAGCCGCCGGCCCAAGUUCAACGACAUCGUCAGCAUCCUCGACAAGCUCAUCCGGGCCCCCGAAUCCCUCAAGACCAUGGCUGACUUCGACCCUCGGGUGUCCAUCCGCCUGCCCAGCACCAGCGGCUCGGAGGGCAUCCCCUUCCGCACCGUCGCGGAGUGGCUGGAGUCCAUCAAGAUGCACCAGUACACGGAGCACUUCACGUCGGCCGGCUACACCACCAUCGAGAAGGUGGCGCAGAUGAGCAACGAGGACAUUAAGAAGAUCGGGGUACGCUUGCCAGGCCACCAGAAGCGAAUUGCCUACAGCCUCAUGGGGCUGAAGGACCAGAUCAACACCGUGGGGAUCCCCAUCUGA